ACUUAAUUUGCAUAUGUUACUCUUUAUGGUCAAGGUCUUGCUGGGUUUAAAGCAGACUUGUAUUUGAUUUGUAAGUCGCUACUAGGAUAUCCUUGUAGAAUGGAAGAUUCCAAGGCUUGUCUUCUAUCAGCCAGAGUGCUUGAGUUUUUCUUACUAGGAUCUUGACACCCGCACUUUGUUUUUGUGAGCUAUUGGUUUGAGUUUGCUGGAACACUCGUUGCACAUUUUUCAGCUGAGGUAGAGGGAGCACAGUAUCCACAUUGUUAAUCAUAAGGCACAGUUCAUUUGCUUGUUCCUUGUGUUGCUAGCAAUAUUAGUCCUUCCUGUUUCUGAAAUGAACAACUGAAUUCAUGGUUAGUGGUGAAGAACACAGUGCCAGAUGGAUACUGAACAAAAGUUCUGCUUAGAACUAUUUCACUGUCAAGUGAAUCAACUGUUGAUACAUCUGUGUUUUAAAUAAAGUGUUUGUGAAGAGGAUCUUGUUACAAUAUCAGGGCCUUGGUGUGCAAUUACCUUUCAACUAUUCUUAAAUUUUGUUUUGUUUUUUUCCUUAAUGUUUUUAAACAGAUUAUGUUUAGAAGAAAGUUUCUACUGUGUUUGGCAAUGGUGUCCAAGCUCAUCGAUACUUACUUUGUAACUUCAUGGUGAAACAGCUUCUAAGAGUAUCAGUUUAGGUACCACAUCAUCUGGAUCCAGAGGUCACUUUUAAGAAAAUGUGGACUGUUAAAAGUCUUUGUAGUGCUCAAAUACUGUUGCUUCAGUUGAAAAAAAACAGAUCAUGUAGUUGUACACUACCAAAAACUCAGCAGUUCUGGAUUGGAAUUCUGAACUGUCGCACUGUAAGAGCACCCUGUAACAAAGUUCAAUUCCAAGUUUCAAAGAUGAAUGAUAAACAAUCAGUAGUAGAUAUGGGAAUGGCUACAAGUGCAGAAGAAACUAAAAUAGAUGCUGGAAAAAGUCCCAGUGGAGUGUGCGAUAGAAGCCAACAUUCAUUAGAAGCAAAAAUGAAACACAUCAAUCUGUCAUUUGCAGCUUGUGGUUUUCUGGGUAUUUACCACUUGGGGGCAGCAGCUGCUUUUUACAAGCAUGGUAAGAAGUUACUGAAAGAGGUGAAAGCUUUUGCGGGAGCUUCUGCGGGAUCACUGGCUGCCACUGUCUUAUUAGCAGUACCAGAAAAUAUAGAGCAAAGUAAGCAGUUUGCCUAUGGAUUUGCAGAGGAAGUUAGAAAAUUGGACUUCGGUGCUUUAACACCUGGUUAUGAUUUUAUGAAGACACUUAGGGAAGGCAUAGAAUCUAUUCUUCCUCCUAAUGUUCAUGAGAUAGCUGAGAACCGGCUUUAUGUGUCAGUCACUAACACCAGAAACGGGGAAAAUCAUUUGGUUUCAAAUUUUGCCUCCAGGGAGGACCUCAUUAAGGUCCUGCUGGCAAGUAGUUUUGUACCAGUGUAUGCAGGAAUUAAGCCAGUGGAAUAUAAAGGAGAGAGGUGGGUUGAUGGUGGCAUUACCAAUGGCCUUCCUAUCUUGCCUUUUGGAAGAACUGUGACAAUUUCUCCUUUCAGUGGUCGUUUAGAUAUAUGUCCACAAGAUAAAGGACAUGUGGAUCUUUAUAUUAAAUAUGCAAAACAAGAUAUAAUGCUGUCUCUGGCCAACCUAGUAAGACUUAAUCAAGCUUUUUUCCCACCAAACAAGAAGAAAAUGGAGUCGUUGUACCAAAAUGGAUUUGAUGACGCUGUUCAUUUUUUACUGAAAGAAAACUGGUUUGAGUAGAUGCAACACAGAAAAUUAACAAAACCUGAUGGCUGUCAAAACAAUUCCUACAGAAUCUCAGGAAUUGCUGUCCCAAUUCCUGUUUGCAAAAAUAAAAAAUCACAAUGGCAUUGCAUCUGAUUCUGCAGAGAAAGUACUGGUUGCGUUCCAAAGACCUGUAUAAACAUGUCAAAAUCAGGAAUUGUACUUGCCUGGUAAUUGUCUUGUUUUGAGGAGAUUCAAGCUUAGAUCCGUUUUGCUUCAGCUGAAGACUUGAGUUUGGGAACUAUGAAAAAUUACGAUCUGUAUUGUUCACUUGAUUUAAUAGUUGUGCGUGCCAAUUGCAUGCUUGUGAUAUUGCUGAUCCAGUACAUACUUUGCAGUAUUGUAAAGGACUUGAAUGCUUAGCACUAGCCAGAAGAAAUAAAACAUUUGCACUAACUCUGUAUAUUUUUUAGUAUUAAAAGUUAUUGGCUUUUUCAGUGAAUGUGGUCCUCUAAAAUUUUAAAUACUAAUUGAAAUUUGUAACAGAAUUGUAAUGUUUGAACAUAAAAAAUCUUGUAAAAAAGGGUAUAAGAAAUUGUUAUUUUAUUAUGUUUUCUUUGCUAAAAUUAAAUAAAUAUAUUUUCUUGGAA